AUGGGGCUGGAGGACUACCAUGUAAUAGAGCUAGUUGGGGAAGGAUCUUUUGGCAAAGUCUAUAAAGGCCGACGCAAAUGCACUGGCCAGACUGUUGCCAUGAAGUUUAUAAUGAAACAAGGGAAAACCGAGAAGGAUGUACAUAAUUUGAGGCAAGAAAUUGAGAUUUUGAGAAAGCUAAAGCAUGAAAAUGUUAUUGAAAUGCUCGACUCGUUUGAGAGUCCCCAAGAGUUUUGUGUUGUCACAGAAUUUGCACAGGGUGAACUAUUUGAGAUACUAGAGGAUGACAAAUGCCUCCCUGAAGAUCAAGUCCAGGCUAUUGCAAAGCAACUGGUGAGAGCGUUGCAUUAUUUGCACUCGAAUCGAAUCAUCCACAGGGAUAUGAAGCCGCAGAACAUACUCAUCUGUUCUGGAUCAAUUGUUAAGCUUUGUGAUUUUGGGUUUGCCCGUGCAAUGUCCCAGAACACCGUCGUUCUGAGGUCCAUAAAAGGAACACCCUUAUAUAUGGCUCCAGAGCUGGUCCGGGAGCAACCUUACAACCACACUGCUGAUUUGUGGUCUCUUGGAGUUAUAUUGUAUGAAUUGUUUGUUGGCCAACCCCCGUUUUACACAAAUUCUGUAUAUGCUCUCAUCAGGCACAUUGUUAAGGAUCCAGUAAAAUAUCCGGAUAACUUGAGCUCAAAUUUUAAAAGCUUCCUUAAGGGAUUGCUCAAUAAGUCACCACAAAAUCGGUUGAGUUGGCCUCAUCUUCUGGAACAUCCAUUUGUCAAAGAGAUUUCAGAUGAAAUGGAGGGCAGGGAGGUUCCCUUUGCAGUUGCUGCAGCUUCUGGGUCUUCUCCUGAGGUUGCAGGGAAUACUUCACCAGUACCUCCUGAGGAUUUUCCUGGAUUUGCAAGUCAUAAUGAUGUCAAGUACUCUGGUAAUCAUACUCUGGACAGAUUGGAAAAUAACUCACGUACAGUUAAAGGUGCACAAGUCAUUGGUAAAGAUAACGAAGCAUUGAUACAAGUCUUGCUACCUCUGAGAAGGUGGACAAAAGACUCCCAACAUUCCUGCAGGGAUCAGGAGAUUAUUUGUGCAAACCAAUCCAUGAGAAUUCUUUCAAACUUGGCUGCUGCUGGGGCUUUCCAGUCUAGUGGACUACUAGAUGAAAUACUGAGUGAACUUUUUGAGUUCACUUGCAGUAUAAUGAGCCUGAAUUCAUCCGGACUCAAUGAAUUACUAUCAAAGGUUCUCUCCGUCAUAAAGCAUUUGUUAGAUUGUAGUGUAACCUGCAUUGCAAGUUCACAUUUCACAAAACACUGGGUUGCAAUGACAGAAUUUUUUUCUCAGAUUCUCAGCUCCAGUGAGGACUCUUCAGGAAGAGUUGUUUAUGAGGCCAGCACUUGUAUCACAUCUGUAUUAUCGAAAGUAGCAAAUGCUCUCAAAACUCCAGAUUCAGAUACAGUUAAUACUCCUUUGAUGAUUGAGACAUCAAAGCAGAUCCUUGAUCGAGCUAAGACAUGUGGCUUGAUGGAGCAGUUAUGCAUUUGCUUAGCAACAGCAGGCUCAGGCCUCAUUUCUGGUUCUUCUACCAUGUUGCGUACUGCUUGUGAAGCUUGUAAGGCAAUAUGGUCACUGAUAGAUGGAGUGGAAGCUCUUUUCAUGAAAUCAAAUCCCCCGUUAUUUCCUGUAACUGCUUUUCGAAGUUGUUCGAUGCGCCGGCUUCAGAUUCAGGACCGUGAAAGAGUCUCAUUGGUGGGAACAGAUUCGACAAGAAUGAUUGAUGCAUUUAGUAGAGCUUUCUUGAGAUCAAAAGCUGUUCAGGUAGCUGUCUCCUACUGUCUACGUCAACGUAUGGAGACUUCACUUCAGGCUACAAUACAGAUCCUUUCAAGAUGCUGCCUGCAAAGUGCAAUUAUUCCUGGCGUUCUUUGUGGCUUACCCACUUCGCUUCCUUCUACUACUGUUGUAAGUGGUGGAGGAGAUGGAAGUAUAGUUUCUGAAAUAUUCUCCGUUUUGUCAUUGUGUGCUUCGUUGCUAAGCAAAGACCCUCAAGCAGGCGAAACAGCAAAGACCAAGUUCGCAAAUCCUUCCCUUCUAGCGAUGCAUUCAUGCCUCCUGCUUGCUAUUAUUGCUCAGUGUUUCAAAUCCUCUGGAAGAAAUUCUGCAUUGUUUGUGCUGACCACUUCCAUGAAAAAACAGCAAGCCAGACUUUCAGUUCUUGCCCAUCAUUUUUCUCCUGAUGAUGGGAAGGCUUCGCUGCAUCCACAUUCUGCAUCAGCCAUGUUGGCUCUUUCUUGUAUUCUAUCCCUUGAGUGUGGUACUGCUGUAGAGUCUUCAAUCUCUGAAGUAGCAGUUCCUUUGAUUCCUCGAACUGCCACUCUCUGUGAACAGCUUAAGGUAUUGGAUGGAAAUGGAACAACUAAGCCUCAUAAUUCCAGUGGUGCUCUAUCAUAUUGGCAUGGUCUUCGGGAUGGAUGUGUUGGCUUGUUAGAAUCAAGACUGAAGUGGGGAGGGCCACUAGCUGUACAGCAGCUAUGUGCAAGUGGCAUUCCUCUUCUUCUAAUUGAGUUGUUAAACCACAACCAUCAAAUUGCCUCUGCUCAAGAAACUGCCAGCAGUGAAUAUCAGGUUGGGCUCUCCCCUGCAGGGGUUGUGUGGACAGUUUCAUCGAUUGGCCAUUGCCUUUCCGGUGGAGCUCUGGUCUACCGUCAGAUUUUACUAAGGCUUGAACACAUCAAGCUAGUCAGUGACCUGAUAUCUGAAGUUCACCUCAAGCUUGUUAAAGCGUGGGGUGGCCCAGGUGGCGGAAAGGAUGGAGUGAGAGAUCUGAUAAACUCAGCAAUUGAUCUGCUAGCUUUCCCUUUUGUUGCUAUUCAGAAUGCUCCUGGUCUGCCUGCUUCCAAUGCAUCUAUAAACAGCGGCUUCCUUCUCAACACGGGUUCACCUGGGGGUAAAAUAUGCAUUGAAGAUAGGGCCAUUGUGAAAGCAAUAGAAGAAGAUUUAGGGAAGUUUGCAAAAAUCCUAUUGGAGGUGGGAGUACCUAGCAUUAUUCUUCAAUGCCUGGAGCAUGUAGAAACUAAAGAUUUGGGUAGGCCCGUUGCAUUCCUUGCAAAGAUGGCUGGGCACAAGCCUCUGGCCAUUCACCUUGUGGGCAAAGGCUUGUUGGAUCCUAGUAGAGUUCGAAGGCUGCUUGAUAGUUCAUCCCCAAGGGAGGUUACACUGGAUAUCCUUAUGAUCAUCUCCGACUUAGCUCGGAUGGACAAGGGAUUCUAUGAACACAUCAACCGCGCUUCUUGCUCUUGGCAACAUGUGCGUCAUAGCGCCUACUUCUACACUUUGCUACAAAGAAAUCGCAUAAUUGGUCGCCUAAUUGAUCGCUGUGCAGACCCAGAUAGACGUACCAGAAAAUUUGCGUGUUUUGCUAUUGGAAAUGCAGCGUACUAUAAUGAGAUGUUAUACGAUGAGCUCAGAAGAUCAAUCCCUCAGCUAGCGAACUUGCUGCUGUCAUCUGAGGAAGACAAGACGAAAGCCAAUGCUGCUGGUGCAUUGAGCAAUCUCGUUCGCAACUCCAGUAAACUCUGCGACGAAAUUGUCUCCAAUGGAGCUAUGCAGGCUUUGCUGAAGCUGGUGGCCGACUGUUCCACGAUAGCCCUGAACCCAAGUAGGAAAGAUGGGUUGAACGAAUCUCCCCUGAAGAUAGCUCUUUUUUCACUGGCGAAGAUGUGUGCACACACACCUUGCAGGGAGUUCCUCCGGUCAUCAGAGUUAUUUCCUGUGAUAGGGCAGCUGAGGCAGUCCCCAGAAUCCACCAUCGCCAACUAUGCUACCCUCAUUAUCAGUAAAGUCAGCGGAACUUGA